AUGAAGCGAAGCAAGAAAGUCUCCCCCAGCCGCGUGGUUCUCCUAGUAAUCACAGUUCUGCUUCUGGGCAUGUUUAUGUGCAGCAUACCAAACCUAUUUGUCAUUCUGGUGCUAAGCAUAACGGCCAUAUCCCUUGCAAUUAUUGCUCUGGCCGUGUACAGGGCCAUGCUAGUGCCAAAUGUCAGCGGAAAAGAGUACACGGAGUACUUGCGGAAGGGCUCAGAUAGAAUGAGGAAGGUUUUGAACGAACAAUAA